AUGUCAUCGCUCCUCGAAGAAGCACAUCAAGUCCUCCCUCCUACCACGUCUUCCUCGUCAACAAACCCCCCUCCGAUCCCCUCGUUUCAACUUCGCCAGUCUAUAUGUGGUGUGGACACCGAGCUAUUGAUACAGACAUUCGAUGAUAGGGUACUAGUGAUAGUGACUCAGAAUGGUAAAGUAGGAUGUUUAACACAAGCUUCACUCCCUCCUCAUAUCCCCUUACCUCCCCCACCCAAACCAUCCUCCAAAUCUAUCAACGGUCACUCAUCCCCUUUAGACAUACUGGAAAUCCUUCCUACGCCUCCACCAUCCCUCACUCUCACUCCAUUAUUGGGUUCACCGCCUAAUCCUACAUUAUACGAAUUGUACAUCACGCAGAUAGCAACAUUGAUAUUUUGGGCUCUGGAAAUUUCUGGACAAGGCAGAAGGAAUGUCGUUGUGGGUCUAUCACUCAGGACGCAACAACAGACCAGCGAAGGGCAAGAUGAGGACAAUGGAGAGGUGCUGGAUGAAAGCGAGAGACUGCGUUAUGCCGGGAUUAUGGACUUAGUCUCCCAGUGGUCGGGUCCAUCAGAGUAG